AUGAAUCCUUGUUUUAAAUUGAGUAUUGUACUGAUGAUAAUCACACUAGUGGUGGUAGUCAUCACUCUACCAGCUGUUCUUUCUACGCGAAAGAAAACUAGUCGAAGCCAACCAAUAGAUUCGAGUUCAUCCACCGUUCGACCAAUAACAACAACGAAUCAUUCAAACAACACUCGUAGUAUAAGCACUACGACUGUGACAACGAAUGCAACAACAGAACUGAUGACUAGUUAUCAAGUUGAUGGACUGGAUACAACUAUUACAAGACAGAUGUCAUCGCAUUAUUCAUCAGUAAUGACUAAGAAUAGCAACAGAUUCUGCUCUAAAUAUCCUUGUUACGACAAUUUUUACUACUAUGAAGCAGUGCAGUUCGAUGUCUCAACAACUGCACAUUACAAAUUUGAGUUUAAGUCAGAAGCAUCCAUAUGCUUUUAUCUCUAUCGUGAUAGUUUCCAUCCAGCUUAUCGAUAUAAUCAUUUAGUGACAACAGACGGCUGUACCGGAUUUUCAGAUUUGCGCAAAGUGAAAAUCAUGCUAUACACCAUGAUUAACUACAUCCUAAUAAUACCAGUCCUGUAUUCCCAAGAUCCUGAGAAGAUCUCAAUUGAUGCGACUGGUCCGAAUCUGAUCAAAUUUACUGCAUUACAAAUACCAAGUAAAGUUUAA